UCCUCAAGGAAGGUAACUUUAAUUUACCCCAAAACGAUUUGGCACUGCGGAUUUUAAUUCCUCCGCUUCUGCCCCCAAAUCAGAUACCAAAGGAGGCAGAAGAAGAAGUUCAGAUUGGAGAGAGAGAGAGAGAGAAAGGGAGAUGAGCAGUGAGAGUGGCAGUGGUAGUAGUCCGAGACCCGUAGCGAGGAGAGAGAGUCCAUGGGGGAUGUCAGAGGGAGACCACAAACAGCCCACGCCCCACAGAUGCAACGAUCGGGUUGAAGAUGUCAUCCAAGCAUGCUUUGAAGGUAACCCUUUUAAGACAGUACCUGGUCCUUUCAAGCUGUUCUGGCAAUGCAUGCGCUCAAAACCUGGGUAUAGUUUUUCCUUAGUAGUGUUUUCUUUCAUUCAAAUGGAAGAACCAACAGAGCCAUUCCGCUAUCUGCAAUUGGAUCCGCCUAGUAGAGAAGUGAAGCUUGACUGAGCUUGUCUCCAAAUACUGUUUAUCCAUUUCUAGUUAUAAUGGAGGCUGAGAGCUUAGUUCCCACUUCUCAAAAGGGGUGGUAUGUUUUGUCACUGAGUUAUCAUUAGAGGACAUCUUGUAGAAUAUGUUGAAUAUUUAUAUGAAUGUGCUCGUAACUUGGACAGGUAAUUUUGGCGCUCUAGAUAUUAUAAAUCUGAUCAAUGAUUCCCAAUGGGAUUAAGACCGUUAAGGUCAUACCUUCCAGAAGUUCAUGUAGUUUGAUUGCAAAACCACAUGUUUCUCAACUCAAAUCAAGAAGACAAAAUUAAUAACGUAUUGUGGAUUAUUUCCGAAUGCAGUUUAUUAUUGUUUUUCUCCUUGAGUUGAACAAGAGUUUCCUCCUGAAUUUUGUUCACUGAUGUCUGAUGUUGGUAUUUGCUUUGUCCCUUUUGGUACAAACUUGAUUGAGAAUAAUGCUUACAUGAGAAGUUUGACGAUUUGGCUG